AUGGCCUCCAGGAAUAAGCAACUGCGCGAACUGCAGGGACCUCUGCUCCCGUCCAAGGCCCUGGUGCAGGAGAACGAUGACUGCCUGGAGGAGGAGGAGGAGGAGGAAGAGCCGGUGUUUGUGGACGCCGAGGAGCUCUGCAGUGGGGGCCUCAAGGCCGGCAGCCUCCCCGGGUGCCUCCACGUUGUAAUUUCUGAUGAAAACACUGGAGAGCAGUGUGAAGUGUCUGGACAUUUUCCAUUAACGGGUCCUUGGUGGCGAGUGAAGGUACAAGUAAAGCCUGUGGGAUCAAGGAACUACCAAGUUCAAGGAUUUCCAUCGUACUUUUUACAGUCUGAUAUGUCACCACCAUCUCAAAAAAAUAUCUGUUCCCUCUUUCUUAACGACUGUAAUGUCCACAGUGACACUAUAACUAAAUUUUUAGCUUGGGUAAAUGCAACAUUAGGCUAUGAAAAUCUCAACUUUGAAAAUCUUAGGGAAACUUGGAGAACUUUUGAGAAGGAAAAUAUGAAGAAUGGUAAAAAGCAAUCUACACAGCAGGAGUCCCAACCAGAUUACAAGAUGUGCCGUUCUGUGGAAAACACAAUUCCAUUUAUAAGUGUAAUGACAGCAUUGAAGUUUCCAAAAAUAAUGGAAUUCCUUCCAGUUCUUCUGCCUCGACACUUUAAGCAGCUCAUAAGCUCUCGUUCUAAAGUGGUGUUGGGAAAGAUAGAAGAGAUUUUAGGUAAACAUCCAUGGAAGCUUGGAUUUAGUAAAAUCACCUACAGAGAGCUGAAGCUUUUGCAAUGUGAGGCAAGUUGGACAGCAUUUUGUCAGUGCCCGUCUCUCCUCCUCCUGAUGACUGAUGUACAGAAGAAUGCGUUGAUACUAUAUUCUAAGCUGAAGCAGCUGUGUAGAGAGCAUGGGCACACGUAUGUGGAAGAACCUGACUUAACUUCUCAGUUGUCAAACGAGAUGUCUUUUUAUGAUGUUUGGCAGUGUCUGGACUUUUUGAAGGAUAUCAAUGUGGUGACCUAUAAGAAGGGCUGUGUCUUCCUUUAUGACCUUUACCAGGCUGAGAAAAGCAUUGCCUCUUCUAUAGGCGACCUGAUGACGCGGCCUCCGUGGUGUUUUCAUGUCGAUGUCAAAAAGGUGCUUGCGUCUAUUCGUACCAAAAAACCUGAGAAUUCAAGAAGGGGUGACCCAUUAAACGAAAGUAAGCCCGAUGAAACGUUAGAAACCUCUGAGGCCAACACACAGGACAGUGGUGACCAUAUUUGGGAUAAUGGUGAAGAUGAAGAUAAUGCCGAAAUACCUGACGAUCAACUGGACCAGGACCAGGUGGCUGCUUUGGAGAUGGUCUGCUCCAAUGCCGUGACCGUCAUCAGCGGGAAAGGCGGUUGUGGGAAGACCACAAUUGUUAGCCAUCUUUUCAGGCAUAGAGAGCUGUUGGAGAAAAGAGAAGUAAAGAAAGCUUGUGAAGACUUUGAACAAGACCAGGAUGCACCAGAAGAGUGGAUUACCUUUACCGAGCAAAGGCCGCCAAAGGCGGACAAGCCUAUAGAAGUUUUACUUACGGCACCUACAGGGAAAGCCGCUGGCUUGCUGAGACAGAAGACUGGUUUUCACGCUUAUACACUAUGUCAGGUCAGUUACAGCUUCUAUUUUUGGAAGAAAACAACGGACGAGGAGAACAGGGAGAAAAGUCCAUGGAGAUUUUCUUCAGUGACAGUUCUGGUUGUGGAUGAAGGGAGUUUGGUAUCUGUAGGAAUCUUCAAAUCUGUUUUAAAUUUAUUGCUUGAGCACUCCAAACUUUCUAAGCUUAUUAUCCUUGGUGAUAUUAGACAGUUACCCAGCAUUGAGCCUGGCAACUUACUGCAAGAUCUUUUUGAUACUCUGAAGUCAAGGAAUUGUGCUAUCGAACUAAAGACAAACCACAGAACAGAAUCUGAGCUAAUUGUGGACAAUGCUACAAGAAUCUCAAAACGCCAAUUUCCAAAAUUUGAUGCGGAGCUGAGUAUCUCAGGUGAUCCAACAAUCCCUGUCUCAGUACAAGAUAAAACGUUUAUUUUUGUGAGACUCCCAGAAGAGAAUGCCAGUUCUCAGUCAUCGAAAAGUAAUCACCACUCUCAUUUAUAUUCUGCUGUUAAAACUUUACUCAAAGAAGAGGACCUACAGUGUGCAGAAACAUCACAAUUUAUUGCAUUUAGAAGGCAAGACUGUGACGUCAUCAACGACUGCUGUUGCAAGCACUACACAGGCCUCCUACACAAAGACCAUAAGAAUAAACUUAUAUUUGGAGUUGGCCAUAAAAUUUGUUGUACCAGGAAUGCAUAUCUCACGGAUUUACUGCCUGAAAAUAACUUCAACAGUCAGAAAAGUAAUGAACUAGAAGAUGGUAUGACUCCUGGUGUUGCUAAAAAUAAGCAUGACUUUGAAAGUGGUAUUCGACUCUGCAAUGGAGAAAUAUUUUUCAUAAAACAGGAUAUAACUGAUGUAACUUGUGGAAAGAGAAGAUAUUUGACCAUUGAUAAUAUGGCUGGUUUGGAAGUAACUGUGGAUUUUAAGAAACUAAUGAAAUUUUGUCGCAUAAGACAUGCAUGGGCAAGAACUAUUCACACUUUUCAGGGGUCUGAGGAGCAGACCGUGGUCUACGCGGUGGGCAAGGCGGGCCGCCAGGACUGGCAGCACGUGUACACCGCGGUGACCCGCGGCCGCAGCAGGGUGUACGUCAUUGCAGAGGAGGCUCAUCUCCGGAGCGCAAUUUCGAAGAACAACGUCCGCAGAAAAACUCGUUUAAAACAUUUCCUGCAAGACCGGCUCUCCUCAAGCUGCGCGUCUCCGGCGGAGGGUGCGUCCCCGUCCAAGGGCUCUGAGGACAGCAGACACCCCAGCACACCGCCGCCAGCACCACCGUUCCCUGCAGCCGCCCACUCGGGGACCAGCGAUGCCCAGGCCUCUGCGGCUGCGUUCGCGGCAUUCGCCUGCUCCGGCGGUUGGAGAGUACCUUUCUCUGGUGAAACGAAUGCAGGCGAAGAUCCAUCCCAACCGCGAGGGUCCAAAAGAACCUGUGCCAUGGCUGAUGAAAGUCCCAGUAAAGUCCUCAUGAUGGAAGAAUCAUCUCCACAAGUGUCUUCCAAACUUCAGAAUCUGAAACUCAAUAAUUUAACCCCCAGGCGACUUUUCAAACCCACAGACAAUCAAGAAACUUAAUUUUAUUUCGGAUUGCUCAUCAUCAUUUGUCUGGUUUUUAACACAAAAUGAACAUCAUCACUUCCAAGUAUCAAGAUAAAAGAGGAUGUCUGUCACUGGAGUUCUCUUCUAAGGUGUUUGUGCUAGCAGAUGUUUUAAAUUCAUUCAAUCAAAGAAAACCUUAAUGAUGUCAAUAUCUGUCAUGAUGAGAACUGAUAGCACUGGACAUAAAUGAGGGAAAGUGAUGUCAUACAUAUUUUUAAAACUCUGUGCUUUAAAAAGUGUCUUAUUUUAGGAUAAUGCCUCAUUAACUCCCGCCAUCAUUGUACGUGCCCCUUGCCCACGGGAUGAAGCAGCGGUGGACACCCGGCAGCUGCACCUUACUGCCCCGAUUCCAGGACAGCGCGUCUUCCGCAAAGUGGCCGCCCCUCCUGGCUGCCCUUGGCUCCGUCACACGCUGGCUCUCCUCACCGGGGCCGUCUCCUGGGAACCCCUUCUGCGCUGGGAGCACACUGGCUUUUAUUUCCUUAGUUGGAGAUAUAAUUGAUGUGGAGCAUUGUCUAAGCUUAAGGUGCACUAUGUGUUGAUUUGAUACUUAUAUUUUGCAAUAUGAUUACCACUGUAGCAUUAACUAACACCUCUAUCAUGUCACAUAAUUAUCAUUUUUGGAGGGAGCACAUUGUUUUAAAGAUAUUCUACUUUGGAAAAAAUUUUUCUCAAGAGUGAUUUUUCUUUUUCUAGAGUUUUAUUUAUUGUUAAAUGGUAAAAUGAAUAGUUAACCCUUUGCACUCAAUUGCUUUUUUCUCGAUUCCUUUAUUCUAAUGCUAACCAUGUCAAGUCACACUUGACAUCCGAGUGCAAAAGGUUAAUAAGAUUUACCUAUUAUCCCAAGGUUUUAAAAAUAGCCUUAUUGAGAUAAAACUCACCUACAAUUCACCCAUUUACACAGUUGAGUGGCUGUUAGUAUAUUCACAGUUGUGCUACCAACACCACAGUCAAUUUUAGAAUAUUUUAAUAUAAUCUCCCAAAGAAAUCUUGUACCUCUUAGCUCUAAUACCCUCAUCCUCUCCAGCCCUAGGCAACUGCCAAUCUAUUAUCUCGACAAUAGGCUCUUUUUACUUCUUUGAUUUGCAUAAUAUUUUCAGACUUCUUCCAUAUUGUAGCAUGUAUCUAUCAAUGUGUUUCAUCUCUUUUUUUAAAAAAGGAAUAAAACAAUCCUAUCUA